CUUUGAUCUGAUUGUUGAGUCUGGAAAGUUGGUCAAGUUUUAACACCUCCUGAAUUACCGCUUUACGUCGAAUUUACGUGACUGUGUGACCUGGCGUUGUUAUUGAAGGAUAUGGCGACGUCCCCAUAUUCCGGUCCGGACAUACCCUAUACUGAAUAUAAGGGCAGGCAGUUUUUAAGUUGGGUGACUCAAGACAACCUAGAAGCUAUGCAGAAUUUUGAGCUCAAAGAUGGCGACGUUGUCACCAUUGGAUACCCAAAGACCGGUACCCAUUGGAUAAGGAAGAUUGUGCGCCAAAUCCUGCAUGAAAAGACAGAAAGGUGCGAUGAAGACGUGGACUUUGGCCUGGAGCACACGUAUCCAGGUAGACUGCCAUGCCACGUGGAACUGCUAGAUGUCGCCCCUCCAAGGUUGAUUCAUACGUUUCUUAGCAGAGAUCUGGCGCCACCAGGACUAGCUCGACCCAGCAAGAAGAUCAAAGUGCUAGUUCUGAUGAGAAACCCAAAAGACGUUUGCACAUCCUACUACCACUGGUCUCAUCAAGUCAACUACCUCAAAACGCCUGAAUCCUGGGAGACGUUUCUAGCGGACUUCCUGGAGGGGAAUGUUCAGCGGGGGUCGUAUUACGACCACGUCCUGGGCUGGUGGGAGAUGAAGGAAGACCCCCACUUUCUCUUCAUCAAGUACGAGGAUCUCAAGAAGACGAUGUUCUCGACGGUAAAGAAGAUAGCGGCGUUCCUAAACAAGACGCUCAGUGAUGAAGAAGUGGAGUUCGUGGUGAAGUCUUGCAGUUUUGAGACUCCAAUAGAGCCAGGGGAGAAACUCGCCAGGAUAAAGAGAAAAGGUGUCGUGGGUGACUGGAAAAACUAUUUCACGGAGCCGCAGAGCGAGGUGUUUGACAACCGCUUCAAAAAAACAUUUGAAGGAAGUGGUCUGGAAUUUGAAUUUGAGUAAUGAGAAACAUUGAAAUGAAAUACAAAAACCGUCGAGGCAUUGAGCAGAACAUAUACAUCUUACAAGAUGAUUUAUUGCCUUGAUAUACCACAAAACAGAUAGUCUCUUUUAAGAGAUGAAUAUUAGUGCUACCUUUGCCUUAUAUGGAAUGACAGGUGCCGAAUAUGAUCUCUUUGGUUGGAUGAAUAUUAAUAAGUGCGACAAGGAGGCCAAUAUAAUGAAUUGUCAUUUAUUGGUCUACCCAAAAUGAUAUUAUACCAUAUACUCAGAACCAUUCACAGUAAUUGAAAAAAUAUGAUAGCAAUAUAAACAGUAUUGGAAAACGGUCUUUGAAAAUACAGUGAUUCAAGCUGUGUCAAUCGAUAUCGUAGGUUUCUGUGCCUGUAUUGAUAAUCGAUACUUUGAAUGGUUAGUUUAACAAUUCCCACAGGACGCAUUCAUGCCAUCGUUUUCUCUAUAGCAGCAUAAGGCAUCCACACAUAGUUUUUAUCAACAGUCACCGUAGUGUAGUGGUUAUCACGUGCGCCUCACACGCGCAAGGUCCCCGGUUCGAUCCCGGGCGGUGACAAAUAUAUUUUGUUUGCA